AUGUCUCUCGAAAAGCAACCCUCAUCAACGGAUGAAGAGGUACAAGAUACACCCUCCUCUAUUCCAAUCGAGCCCAGUCGGGACCACAAAGUAAAAUGGUACCGCUCAACAACCUACAACGCCCUCGUCCUCGGGCUCUGCAACUUCCUCGCCCCAGGAAUCUGGACCGCAAUGAACAGUCUCGGCGGCGGGGGGUCCGAAAGUCCCUACCUCGUCGACGCGGCCAACGCACUCACCUUCGGCCUGAUGGUAUUCUCCUGUUUCUUCGGAAGCGUUGUCGUGCGCAUCGUCGGAAUAAAAUGGACACUCAUCCUGGGGACAGUCGGAUACGCACCAUACGCCGCAGGAUUAUAUACCCAUAACCGAUUCGGGACGGACUGGCUGGUUCUCUUCGGCGCAGCACUGUGCGGUCUCUCAGCGGGGAUAUUCUGGAUGGCGGAGAGUGCCAUUGCCCUAUCGUAUCCGGAGCCGGAGAAUCAGGGUCGGUUCCUGGGUCUAUGGUUGAGUUUUCGUGUCGGAGGGCAGAUCCUCGGCGGGGCGAUUAACCUGGGUUUGAAUGUUCACCGGAAUACAGCGGGAAGUGUGAGUUAUGCUGUCUUCGGGGUGUUUAUUGCCUUGCAGGCACUCGGGCCUGCGGCGGGCUUGUUGCUCACUGAGCCGGGGAAGGUGAUGAGACGGGAUGGGAUGAAGGUGAAGUUGCGGAUUGCGCAUAGCGCAUGGUACGAAAUAAAGGCCAUGACGCGGUUGUUCUUCCGGAAGGAGUUCCUGUGUAUAGUGCCGCUGAUCGCGCAGGCGACGUACACGGAGGCGGUGAUGUUCACGUACUUGGAUCUGUGGUUCAGUGUGCGGGUGCGGGCGCUGGGCAGUUUCUUGUCGGGUGUGUUGGCGCUGGUGUCUGGCAAUCUGUUGGGGGCGUUUUUGGAUAGUACGAAGCGGUUUGGGUUGAAGACGAGGAGUCGGGGGGCGUUUUUUGUGGUGUUGGGGUUGCAGGGAGGGUGGUGGAUUUGGGCGACGGUUGUGACGACGCAGUAUACGAAUGAGGGGAGGAGCGGGAUUGACUGGGUGGAUGAGGGGUUUGCGAAGGGCUUUGUGCUCUAUUUGAUGUACUUUGUGGUUGGCAAUUUGGCGGCUGAUGAGGAAGAGGUCGUGCGGAUUAGUGGGUUGUUGCGGGGGAUGGAGUCGGCUGUGCAGGCUGUUUCGUAUGGUUUGAGCAGUGUUGGUAUCAUGGCUUCUGUGGGAGGCACCUAUCUCAAUUUUGGCCUUUGGGGCAUCUCGCUGCUGCCGGCGUGGCUUGUGAUUCGUCAGUUUGGCGUAAGCUUGGAGGAUCGCAAGUUGGUGAGAGAUUACGGACGUGAUUAG